AUGCCUCGAGAUUGGCAGCAACAACCGCAGCAGGGUGAGGAUGACAAGAAAGGAGGAUAUGAUGGUGGGCAGCAAUCCAAGGGCUGGGAUGAUAACUCGGGGAAGAACUGGAAGGGUGCCUCACGUGGAUGGAAUAAGGGCGGCGGCGGCGGAGGUGAUUGGAAAUCCAACAACAGGCAGGACAGUUGGAAGGAUAAUGACAAGUCAUGGGAGGAUAACGACAAAUCCAAUUGGCGCGGCGGCGGCGGGAAUAGAAGUAGUGGUUGGAAAUCCUCCCCUGAGGCGGAGGGGUCUAAGUCUAAAUCAUGGCAAGACUCCGGUGAUUAUGGCAACAAAUCUUGGAAAUCUCGAGAUGGGUCCAAAUGGGGUUCGUCCGAGGCAGCAGGAGGGGAUAGUCGGUGGAAGGAGGGAGAGCAGAGUAAUGGUGGGGAGCCUGAAGCCUGGAAGGAUACCAGGAAGGAGAAUUGGAGAGGAGGUGGAGGCUGGGAAGAUGAGAGGAAAGGCGCGAAGAACUGGGAGGAUGAUAGGAACAAAGACGUUGGCAAUGGCAAUGAGAAGGCAGACCCUUGGAAGCAACAUGACUCUGGAUAUAUAGAUGGGGAGAAGGAAGAUGGACAAGAGCUCGAUUCGGGGGACUACGAUGAUGAUGUUGAUGAUGAAGAUGCUGCUAUUGCUGAUAUGGAAUACUCGGACGAUUGGACUCAAACCCUGGUUUGGGUGAGGAAUGCUGUUGCCGGUCAACUCGAGUUUACAAUUGGGGAUAUACCCGAGUUCGAUAUACCGGGAUCGAGGCCGUUGAAGAUACCUGUUGUGUCUGGAGAGAUGGAAGAGCUAGUAUUCGCUCCUCGCCUGGAGGCUAAGGAUGAUGAUGACGUAUGGAAGAGGGUCACAGAUGGAGGCAAAGUCGAGAUGGUGAAAAUGUGCAUGGGGAAGGAUAGGAACGGUGUUCUAGUGUUGGAGCAUCCAACAGCUGAUAAUGACUAUAGGGAUCCCGAUCCUACUACUCUCCACUCGCCAAAGGAGUUCUGGACUCUGGUUACGGACAUACCAACUCGUAAGAUGUGUGUGACCCAGGGUGACAGAGUGCUGUACUUCGACUCGUGGUCACAGCUAGACACUCCCUAUAUAUCAGCAACUUAUGCAACUAAGCAGGAUCGAGGAUCAGUCCUGUUGGGUGACUCUACUGACCGUAGUUGGGAAGGCUUCUCUGUUGGAGUUAAAUUGAGUAAUCCUGAACCACGUAGCAAUGCUGGAGACUGGGGUGGUGAGGGCGACGCAGAGGACGGCAAGAAGAGUGACGAAACACAUGGCCAACCUCAUUGGUUCAACAUCUCACUUAAUAGGGGUAAAUUAAAUAUUUGGGUUCCCAGUGGACCGAUCGAAGAAACGGAUGAGAAGAUCCUCGUGUUUGAACACUACAGGAAAGAGUCAACAUGGAUCAUACCCGAGGCAUGGCUCCGUACUGGUAUUCCUGACGCCGAUGUCGAUGAGGCUCUGGAAUCUAAACAACCCAUCAAAUCGAUGAAUGGCUAUGUGUACGCUCAACACUUUUACGGAACUGUACAGUCUCUGCACAAGCACCAUAAUCAUGCUACUGGGGAUGAGGAUGAUGCUGAACCUAUUGUAGCUCCUCCAGAGGUGGCCGAGAUACCUCCGAUCGAGCAGCAGAUAAUGAACAUGUCCAAGUCCUUCUGGCAUGAGCGUGAAGGCAGAGAGGGACGUCUCCAGCAGCUAAGAGAGAAAUGUCAGGUCAUGAAGGACUACAACGAUAAUCUUGCCUCGCAGCUAGAGGAGGCCGAGGGAUUGUACAAGGAUCUCUUUGAGAAGGUACAACAGAUGAAGGAAAAGAUUGGGUUUGAAGCCGCUGGAUUAGAGCUCGCUCAUCGUCAGGUCACCGAUGGCACCGAAUCAUCUAAUUGA